UCACAGCACAGCUUCUUGGAUGGUUAGAAACUGAGUUUUCAAAGGAGAAAAUACACGUUGACGAAGUCAUCAGUCAUCUGAAACAAGUGAGUCAUCGCCAAAGUCAUCAAAGAAGAAUCAGCCUGUAGAAGACGUUCUGAAAUUUCUUGUCUCAACUAAGCAGCAAAGUCUUUGUUCAUCAAGUACUUGCUUACACCACGUUGUUUCAUUUUACUUAAACUUGCUAAAGAGUUAAAACACAUCAUGCCUCUUGUUUUCUUGUUCAUUUUCUGUUGCAUAGUACCUCUCUCUGCUGAUGAGCUACCUCUUUAUAUCCCUUCAGAUAACUUUGCAUUUGAUUGUUCUCCAUCAUACCCAUCUUCUGAUUUCAAAUCAACUUUUGCCAGUGAAAAAAGUUUCAGUUUUUCAUCAGUGUCAAGAACAUAUGCCUUAGAUCCGCACUACCGUGAUGGAGAACCAAAAAUUUCUGCUUGCGUUUUCAGAAAACAGAACACUUACCCAUUUUCUGUCUCCACUGGCCCCAAGUUUGUUCGCCUUUACUUUAAACCAAUGGCGUAUCCAGGACUGAUGUUGUCAAAGGCAUUGUUCUCUGUGAGCAUUGAUCGGUACAGAGUUCUAACCACUUCUGAAGGGUCGUAUUCCAAGCUCCCCUCAGAUGUUAGUUAUUUUGUAAGAGAACUCUGUAUCAACGUAGACAGCCAAAUCUUAAAUGUGACUUUCACUCCAUCUUCCAAGAUUUCAGGUUCCUAUGCUUUCUUCAACAAGAUUGAAAUCGUCUCCAUGCCUUCAAAUCUUUACAUCCGAGAAGAUGCUCCACUCCCUCUCAUUGGGCAGCCUUCUAGUUAUGUUAUGGAUAACUCCACAGCCCUUGAGUUGAUGUACCGGAUUAACAUAGGAGGGGAGUUGAUCCCUCAGCCAGAAGAUACUGGCAUGUUUCGCCUGUGGACAAGUGAUGCAGAUUAUUUUGUAAGUGAUGAAGCUGAGACGAGCAUUAUUCAAUCAGAUGUUGAAAUAAAGUCAAGCUCAUUGGGACCUGCAUUUGCUGCUCCAGUCCAAGUUUACGCAUCUGCUCGGACAGUUCAGGGUGGGUCUGCAAGCAACUAUAGCUCUAGAUGGUCGUUUCCUGUUGAUUUUGGCUUCUAUUACCUUGUCAGGCUUCAUUUCUGUGAGAUUUCAAGGAGGAUUCAGAGCGAAGGACAAAGAGUGUUUCGUGUUUAUAUCAGUAAUCAAAGUGCUGAAGAACAUGCUGAUAUUUUUCAUUGGAGCCAUGGAGCUGGAAUUCCCAUUUUCAGAGACUAUAUCGUCAACUUUUCUAGACCAGGAGACGGUAUAAAGUAUCUAUCAAUAGCAACAGCAAGUGACUAUGGAUCAUAUGAAGGAGAGGGUCCGAUAUUAAAUGGGUUGGAAAUCUUCAAGUUGUCUGACCAUUUUAACAAUCUAGCAGGAAACUAUCCAUUUGGGGUAAGAAAUUCGCAUCUGAAUGUUUCAGAUUCCAAAGAUCAUUCUUCAGAUGACCGUGUUUUUACAGGUGUAGCCUAUGUUCUUGGAUGGAGUGUUCUGGUGAUGAACAUUCUAUUCUGUUUUUCUUUAGUAGUUUCAAAUUUUAAGGGGCAUAGAGAAAAACUUAAGCAAGGACAAUCAUCGAACAAUUGUCGGAUCUUCUCAGUUGCUGAGAUAAAGUCAGCAACCAACAAUUUUGCAGACACUCUACUCAUUGGCACUGGAGGUUUUGGGAUGGUCUACAAAGGGACCAUCGAUGGUGGCACCAUAAAUGUUGCUAUAAAACGUGCCAAUCCAAGUUCACACCAAGGUUUCAAAGAGUUCCAAACUGAAAUAUCAAUGCUUUCAGAGUUAAGGCACUCCCACCUAGUAUCUCUGAUUGGGUAUUCAAUGGAGGACAAGGAAAUGAUUCUUGUUUAUGAUUACAUGGCUCGAGGGACACUACGCGAUCACCUCUACAAGAGCCAGAAGCCUCCACUUCCAUGGAAGCAAAGGCUCAAGAUUUGCAUUGGAGCAGCACGAGGACUACACUACCUGCACACAGGUGCAAAGGGGGUUAUCAUCCAUCGAGACAUCAAGAGCACCAACAUAUUGUUAGAUGAUAAAUGGGUCGCCAAGGUUUCAGAUUUCGGGUUAUCAAAAGCAGGCUCGAGCUCAUUGACACAGUCUAAGACUAAGACCCAUGUUUCAACAAUGGUGAAGGGUACCUUUGGUUACCUAGAUCCUGAAUAUUAUCGACGACAAAAGCUGACAGAAAAAUCAGAUGUCUAUUCAUUUGGAGUUGUACUGUUUGAGAUUCUAUGUGCUAGGCCUGCCGUGCUGCCGAUGGGAGAAAUAGAAGAGGAAGAAGAGUAUGAGAAAGCAAGUUUGGCAGAAUGGGCAUUGCAUUGCUGUCAAAUGGGAACCAUUGAACGGGAGAUUGAUCCAUAUCUGGAGGGAAAGAUUGAUCCUGAAUGCUUCAGGAUUUUCACUGAUAUAGCAAAGAAAUGUUUGGCAGAAAAGGGAAUUGAAAGGCCAUCCAUGGGAGAUGUGUUGUGCAAUUUGGAGCUGGCAAUGCAGAAGCAAAAUGCUGCUGAUUUGCUGGUAGAAAUGGGGACAAAAGAGGCCAAGAUGAAGUUGAACGGUGAAGCUUGUAUUGAAAUUGAAGAGGGACAAUGUAUUUCCUCUUAUAAUUCGAAUUGA